AUGACGACCGAUUACUUUGCGCAGAUUCUGGUUCAGGACCUCGAUCUUCCGAACCGGCAACAGGUGGUGUCGGAAAUCAGCAAACAGAUUCGCACCCAGCUGGAGGAGUAUGCUGGUGUCGCGCUACACCCUCUUUUCCACACCCAGCCCAGUAAUAAUCUGCCUGCCGGGACCCCGAAACCCCUUCUCCUGAACCGAGACGACUCGGCGACGGCCACACCUUUUCGCCCGCGCGACGAGCAAUGUCAAGGCCCUGCUGACGUGACGGCCGCUGCGACCCCCAUCACAGCAGAAUCCGAAGACUACAACCCAGACGAUACCUACCGAUGCAUCGUCAACCUCAACAUCAACUUGUCGUCGACCCUCUAUACAGAUAAAUUCGAGUGGUCCUUGCUCCAUCCGCCCGGAACCGCUGAGGCAUUUGCCAAGCAGACCUGCGCGGAUCUGGGACUGGCCGGCGAGUGGGUUGCUGCUAUGACGCACGCCAUCUACGAGGCCGUGCUGCGACUCAAAAAGGAAGCUUGCGAGGCUGGCGGUUUGGUCGGCGGCUGGGGAGCGCAGAGCGAGAUUGCCAACGAUGCCGCCCAUGGGGCCGAGGCUGGCUGGCGAUACGACCCUGAAAGCCUGGCCGACGAGUGGGAGCCCAAGAUCGAGAUUCUCACCAAGGAGGACAUUGAGAAGAGGGAAGGUGACCGCGAGCGGCAAAUCCGUCGCCUGCGGCGUGAGACGGCCCGCUUCAGCUCCACGACAGGUCUGGUGGGCGGUAUUCCCUUCUCUGGCUUCGGCGGCAUCGUCGAUGUGGAAGAGGAGCGCAUGGGCAGAGGCGAGCGGUCCAAGAAGAAGAAGCGGUUCCGCAGUCUGAGCCCACUCGGUCGUUCGGGCACGCCAGGCGGCCGCGGUACGCCUGACACUGGUGCAGGCUAUGGCGGGGGCGGGGGCGGCACGCUGACGGAUCAAGAGAGGUUGGCGUGGAAGUGCUAUCAUUGCCACAUGCCAGGAACCAGCGUCUGGGCUGUACGAGACGGCCCGACGGCGCCAAGAUAUUCUUGUCAUUGUAUACAUCUGUGGCUGUACUACUCCUACGACAUUGAUGCAAGUGGACGUCGAUCCAGCGCGCACUGGGCCCGUGCGCACGUGCCUAUUCGCCCAUUGAUACACGUCCAAACCUGCAGGGGACAUUUCUUAGUCAUCCUCCUUCAACGUCACGUCAACUCACGACUGCCAUCUCUGAUUGAGCUUGCCCACCUUCGCAACUGUUCCUCAACCAUCACCUUAACUCAAGGCACAUUCAAACUUGCCUGGCAGCAUGCUAAGGCCACGGCCAUUUCAUUUGGUUCUUUUCUCGAUGCUCCAGGAGUGCCAUGCACGUACCGUUACCCCGCUGUCACCCCGCAACCCCCGCGAUCCCAGAUUGGGACGUGA